AUGGCCUGGCUACCGAGCAGCUCCAACGGAGCGGACAACGCGGACGAGAGGAGCACAGCUUCGAGUGGGUCCUCCGGUCACAGCCAGACAAACGAGUCUUCGCAUUCCGGAAAUAUAAAUGGAAAUGGAGUUAUCAGAGACACCGGGAGACACCCGCCAGCUCUGCUACGACACGCCACUCCCCAUCUGCAGCCCAAGACGGAGUCUGUAUCAGACGGAGACGGUGACGUGGAGCUUUCCGAUUUUUCGCUUAACGACACCGAGGAUGAUGAGGAGGAUCUGCGGGACUACAUCGUGCUGAAUGGCAACCAGGCGGAUGGCAAUCGUUCACUAUCCAGUUCCCCGCGCAGUCACUCACACAACGGACUGCUUACAGCGCCGCCCAGCUCCGGCAGUUCAGUCGGCGGAGGAGGUGUUGGGGGAAAUGUCUCCGGAGGCAACGUCUCCAGCGGCGGAGGAGCCACUGGUGGAGUGCGCAAGGUUUUUACCAACACAAGGGAGCGCUGGCGCCAGCAGAACGUGUCUGGCGCCUUUGCGGAGCUACGCAAGCUGGUACCCACGCAUCCGCCGGACAAGAAGCUCUCGAAAAAUGAAAUCUUGCGCUCGGCCAUCAAGUAUAUAAAGCUGCUGACGGGCAUCCUCGAGUGGCAGCAGCGACAGACGCCUUCCCUGCCAGCUAGGAGUCAAGUGGAGCCGAACAACAAUGACAAUAGGAUUGUCAAUGGUCAUGAGGCGGACGGCGAGUUAGAAAACGCAAGUAUCCCAGCAGUACGGCACAUAAAAUGUGAACGUGCCGACAACCAGCAGCAGAGGAAUGGGCUUGGGAACGGGGGCAAUGACCUGCUAAUGAUUGCCCCGGGAGCCGUUAUAAAGAGAGAGCUCCUCCUGGAGACACCACUGCCACUUGGACAGCCAGUUCCGGGCACUCCACUGCCCACUGCUUCGCUGCCCAUUGUGGAAUCACGAAUUUCCGGAAAUGUAUCUGGCAUUAAGCUGACUGGUGGUCGGACCAGCAAGCGGCGCCUUAAGUCGGAGAGCGGAGCCACCGACCUCAGUGUGGGCAAACGCCGCCGGAUGUAGAAGAGCUCGACCAGAUGGAAUCUGGAAGAAUGGAUGCAGACAGGGCCGAAGCAACAGGAGCAACUGCCAGAUAAUUACACGCCUCAUAUUAAAAUGAUUUCAUUUUACCAAUAAAUUAUAAAGUUAUUAGUACAAACUGA